AUGCCCAAAAUUCCGAGACCCGCAUUCUGCGUUGUGCCAGGACCCUGUGGUCUGAGCUCUUCAAACCGAAGAGGCUUAGGCACUAGACUGUUUGGGGUCGAGGCCACGCGACCGUGCGGGGUCUGUGCAUACCAGUGGGUAUACAUCGGUGACGAACUUAAAACGUGCGAAAAGUGCGAUAUAGGAGUCGAUGGGGGCAGCUUCAAAGACGGCGUAGCGUUCGAUCUUGGAGUCUUUGGUGCAAGGAUGUCUGGCUGCAAAAGCGAAGGGUUCAAAUCUGCGGUGCGGGAGUCAUGUUUCAUGAGCUGGUCGGACGAGUUGAGCGGCGAUGUGUUUAUUGGCGAGCUUUGCAGUCCCGAGGCCGAUGGCGACGACCCGGACGACGAGGUUAUUGGCGACGAGUCCAAAUAA